UCCACUGGAAGUAGCCCAUCCGAUGACAGUUCGCCGUCAGAGCUUUCCAGCCUCGAAACAAAUUGUGCAAAAGUGCCUCAAAUUGGAAUCAAUUUUUCUCACCAAUGUUCAAUAAAAUCCGCCGAGUUUUCCAUCACUCCUCACCAUUUAUGAGACGAUGUUUAAUCUUGGCAGCACGACGCACAAUGUCAACGCAAGAAAAUCCACCGGGGAAGAUUCUUGUGGAAUUUAGUUCACCAAACAUUGCCAAACCCUUCCAUAUGGGUCACUUGAGGUCCACAAUAAUUGGGAAUUUCGUGGCGAAUCUCUUUGAGGACUUCCAACAUCCUGUAACAAGGAUAAAUUACCUCGGAGAUUGGGGUACACAGUUUGGCCUCUUGAAAGUGGGAGUAGAUCUCCUUAAGAUUCCCGAUGAGGAGCUUAAAAGUGAUCCCAUCAAGAAACUCUAUCAAGCCUAUGUGGCUGCCAAUGAGAAGGCCAAAGAAGAUGAAGAAAUUGCCGCAAACGCUCGAGAAAUAUUCUCAAGAAUGGAAAUGGAGGAUACUGAUGAUCUGUCCAAGUGGAAUCAAUACCGAGACUUCACUGUUAAUGAACUGAGGAGGGUCUACAGUCGCCUCGGGGUACAUUUUGAUCAGUACGACUGGGAAUCAAUGUACAGGAGACGAAAUAUUGAGCCUGUUCUCAACGCUUUGAGAGAAAAGGGCAUAAUUUCAAAAGAAUCCGAUGGAAAGGAAGUUACUGAUGUUGAUGGAAAGAAGGUGACUGUUGUGAAGAGUGAUGGGACAACUUUGUACCUCGCUCGUGAUAUCGCAGCAGUGCUGGAUCGCGAGAGGAAGCACAAUUUCUCCCAACUCUUCUACAUCGUUGAUAAUGCCCAAAGUGAUCACUUCAGGGCUCUUUUCCACGUGACACAGAAAAUGGGCAUUAAUCGGCAGCUGAGACAUGUUAAAUUUGGACGAAUUCACGGCAUGAGCACCAGGCGGGGCAACAUUGUAUUCCUAGAAGACAUCCUGAACGAAGCUAGAGCAAUAAUGAAGGAAAAGCAGCUAAAAUCUCCAAAUACAAAAGUAAAUCUAACUGAUUUGAGUGAUAGAUCUUCGGACAUUCUGGGCAUUUCUGCCGUCAUUGUGAAUGAUCUGAAGCAGAAAAGGCAAAGAGACUACGCAUUUGACUGGAAUAAUGCCCUCAAAGUGGAAGGAUACACGGGAAUUAUGCUGCAAUAUACUCACUGUCGACUCUUUAGUCUCGCCGAAAAGGCCGGAGUAGAAGCUGAUGAAUCCCUCAAUCCACACGUCCUCCCGCAAACCCUCUGCCAGGACAUUCUGCGGGAAAUUGAUAAAUUCCCCCGAGUUCUCGAGAACACACGUGACUCCCUCGAGGCUUGCAUACUUGUAAAAUAUCUCUUUGGGCUCUGCAGCACAGUCAGUCGAUGCCUAAAGACGGCACGCGUCAAGCACGAGCCCAGCAACGAUCUCAAACGUCAACGAUUGUUGAUCUUCAACACAGCCCGGAGUACACUGUCGCGUGGUAUGCGCAUCCUAGGGCUAACCCCACUCGAUCGUAUGUGAAUAAAAGUCUUUUCAACAAUUUUA